GACGUGACGAAAGGAUGAGGCGUGCGCAAGGCGGAAACCCAGCAGGCGGCGAAGAUGGCGGAGAGCAGCGGUCGUGUGGGCAAGAGCAGCGGGAGCGGCGCAGGGAAGGGGGCGGUAUCGGCUGAGCAGGUAAUUGCUGGCUUUAAUCGCCUUCGGCAGGAACAGCGGGGUCUGGCAUCCAAAGCAGCUGAGCUGGAGAUGGAGUUGAAUGAGCACAGCCUUGUGAUCGAUACAUUGAAAGAGGUUGAUGAAACCCGCAAGUGCUACCGCAUGGUUGGAGGUGUGCUGGUAGAGCGGACUGUCAAAGAAGUGCUGCCUGCCUUGGAGAAUAACAAGGAACAGAUACAGAAGAUCAUCGAGACACUGUCACAGCAGCUUCAAGCAAAGGGAAAAGAAUUAAAUGAAUUCCGGGAAAAGCACAACAUUCGUCUUAUGGGGGAAGAUGAGAAACCAGCAGCCAAGGAAAACUCAGAAGGAGCUGGGGCUAAGGCCAACUCAGCGGGAGUGUUGGUCUCUUAGGACCAAGCCUCUGCAUUUUUUUUUUAAAACCCUGAUUCCCACUUCUAAUUUCUCUUAUUGUUAUUUUUAUUUUCUCUGCUAUUGUAAUAUUUUUUGUUAAUUAAAUGUUUUGGUCAGAAUGUU